UGAUCUCCUAGUCGCACUGGGCUGUAUCAGGCGCACAAGCCAAACUUUUCUCAGGCACGUUUCACCACCAGCAGGGUUUGUUCUGAGGGGAAAAAUCUUCGUUUUCCACUCUUCUCCUGUUUGCUUCCAGUCAAACAGCCGAGAUGAACCAGAGCAAGCCGGAGGUCGAGCCUUUUCAGUAUUCCUACUACGACUACGCCGACUGGUACUCCAACCCAGAGCCGACCAAACCCCCGAAGGAAGUCAUUUUACCUUGUGACCCGACUGCAGAUGAGAAAUACUUCCACAUAUGCAUCCUGUCAAUAUCUUUUGUGAUGAUGCUAAUCCUGGCAGCUCUCACCCGGAAAAACAAACUGUGCCAGGGGUUCGCACGAGGUUCAUCCAGCAUUUUCAGUCCAGCCAACUUCCUGGACCAGACCCAGCAGAAGGGCCUGGUCAUGGCUGUGUUUGGUCUGGUCUUCAGUAAGCUGGCCAUGCUGAUGAUCGCUCCGGAUCCGCUGCCCUUCAUCAAAGACACGCCGGCAAACAUCAAAGAGUACAUGAAGAUAAUUGCCAUCUUCUACUAUCCGGUCCUGUACUAUCCUCUGCUGGUCUGCGGCACGCUGCAGCGCAACGCGAGUUACGUGUUUGGGACGCUGCUGUCCUUUACUCACUUUGGGGUCCUGGUAUGGCAGAAGUUUGACUGUCCAAAGACGCCAGAGAUCUAUAAGCACUACGCCCUCCUUGCCAGUCUGCCCCAGCUGGCCUGCCUGGCGUAUCUCUGUAUUCAGUUUCCUGUGCUGUUUGUGAAAGGACCAACGACCGACGAGGAUCUUGACAGCAGCUACUACACCGACUAUGUCAAGUUACUCCUCAAGAAAAAGUCUUCAACCGUUUGCAGCUCUUCAGAAACAGACAAACCGUCACUGGUGGAGAGAAUACUGGAGGUGCCAAAGAGUUACAUUUAUUUACCUGAAAAAGUGUUCCAGUUCCCAGUGAAGCUGGCUGUGUUGUCUUUUGUUACCUGCGUGGCCAUCUAUCACACUGCACUGCUGUUGGUUGUCCUGGUGGUUCCAACUCUACACAUCGUCCACGCAGGAAUAGAUGAAAACAUCGCCUUCCUGUUGCUGGGAUUUGGGAUUAUUCUGUCCGACGACAGGAUGGAGGUCGUCAGAAUCGUGACUUUCUACACCUGGUUGCUGGAAGUGUGCUACCUCUGUGCCAUGACGCUGUCUUGUUUGGUCAGUCUCGUAAUGCUAAUGAGGUCCAUGGUUCUUCACAGAUCGAACCUGAAAGGACUGUAUAAAGGAGACGCGUAUAAGAACUACAACACCCAGAAGACCAUCAGUCCGUCCAGAUCUGGAGUUUUCUGCUGGAUGGGUUUAACCGGAUAUCAAGCUGCGAUCGUUUGCCUCGGGAUGGCUAUCCAGACCCUUGUGUUUUUCAUCUGCUUCUUAUUUCUGGUGUUUUUAAUCAUCAUCCCUGUUUUUUAUGGCCGCAACAUUAUCGUUUUUGAAGUUGCUGGGAAAUCAUGGCCGUUUUGGGUGACAGUCAUUCUGGUGACAGUGCUUCAACAUGUAACUGCUCAGUUUUUCUUUGUCAAAAAGGAUUCUGGUACUAGAGAUUUAAAAAACAGAGAGAGCCUCUUCCUCCUGACCUACCUGCUGUUUGUGGUGAACGUCGUUGUGGGUCUGAUUGUCGGUAUUUGGAGAAUUGUGAUAACGGCCUUGUUCAACAUCGUCCACUUCGGUCGGAUUGACAUCAGUCUCCUCCAUCGCACCGCAGAGUCCCACGAUCCAGCCUACAGAUACUACACCCAGUUCCUGAAGGUGGAGGUGAGUCAGUCCCACCCGGUGCUGAAGGCGUUUUGCGGACUCCUGCUGGACAUGAUGGUUGAGGUCGGCAGAGGACAGAAAACACGAGACGCAGAAGAAGGAGGCCCUGAGAACCGACCCAACAAGGUGGCAAGCGGUGGGAGGAUUCGCACUCGCUGGCAGCUGCUGUACACGCUGGUGAACAACCCGUCCCUGCUGGGCUCCAGGAAACACUUCCAGACCCUGCAGACGUCCGAGAGCGUCCCAAACGGCACGCCCACCCGCAGCUCCAAGAAGGAGGCGGAAAAGGCGGAAGCCGAGGCCGCCCCAUCCUCUGAGGGCGCGUCGAGUCAAAAUGAAACUGAAUGAGAGCGCUAGCAUGUGCAACAGUUUGCAAAGUUACACAGUAAAAAAUGAACAGCAAGAGUUUGGUUUAUUUAACCCGGAUCAU